AAACACAGGACGGGUUUGACCCCCGCAGCACUACUGCCCAACCCCCCCACACAUCGAAGGCUCGCACCCCAGACGCGCAACGCAUUUCCUCCCUCUCCUCUCCCCCUUCGCCAGCGAGAAGAAGCCCGAGAGAACCCUCCAGAUGCAGCCGGCCGCCGCCGAGAUGCAGCCGCCCGUCGGCUCCCCGACCGCCGCUCCCCAAUCCGAGGCCCAGCACCCGCUGUCUGCGCCCGAUCCCUCCUCUCCCCACGCGCCAGCACCGGCGCCGGCCCCGGCCCCCGAGGCGGCGGCCGAUCCGCCCUCUUCCGCGCCGGCCCUGGCGCCGGUGCAGCUGCAGCCGCAGCAGCAGCCCAAGACCGUCACGUGGAGCGAGAAGCUCACGUCCGAGUCGCCCACCCACGUGCCGGCCGCCGCCGCCGCGGAGGCCAGCCAGUACGUCUCCCGCGGCCCCGCCGCCUCCUCCUCCAAGGGCGCGGUGGAGGCGAUGAAGGACACGCUCUCCAGGUGGGGGAAGUCCAUGGGGGAGACCACCAAGAUGGUCGAGAGCCUCAGCCGCGACACGUGGCAGCACUUCAAGACAGGGCCUAGUUUUACUGAAGCUGCUAUGGGACGGCUGGCUCAAGGAACAAAAGUCUUAGCGGAAGGUGGCUAUGAAAAAAUAUUUAAACAGACGUUUGAGAUUCUGCCGGAUGAGCAGCUGAAAAUGUCUUACGCAUGCUAUCUAUCAACAUCCGCUGGUCCUGUCAUGGGAGUUAUGUACAUUUCUACAGCUAAAAUUGCAUUCUGCAGUGACAAUCCUCUUUCUUACAAAGCAGGAAAUAAAACAGAAUGGAGUUACUACAAGGUGGUCAUUCCUCUUCAUCAGCUAAGAACAGCCAAUCCUUCAGUGAGCAAAGUAAAUCCCGCUGAAAAGUAUAUUCAGGUUGUCUCUGUUGAAGGGCAUGAGUUCUGGUUCAUGGGUUUCCUGAUGUACGACAAGGCCGUGUCCAGCCUGCAAGAAGCACUUGACGGUGCUCGUGAGUUGCAACCAUAGGUAGAUAUGAAACGGAAGUUUCAGUUCAGCCUGUAACAUCCCCAGGGGUAUCGCCAGUUCUCCACUCGACGUCUUCUGCUCUGAGCGUCUCCUGUUUAAGACAUAUAUCCUUCAUGCUGUGCCCCUUGGAGCAUUCGGUUCGGUACACUCACGAGCUUGUAUACGUGUUUGUUCUUGUUCUUUGCGUUCCCUGUGUUGUAAUGAUGAUGAUGAUGAUAUAUGGGAAAAACAUCGGAGCUGUCCAUUUUAAA